CCGUGAGGACUUGCUCAUCCCUCAGCUCUCCUGUUCGGCAUCUUUUUUCUCCAGGAGGAAAAAUGGCAUCAGCAGCAGUGGAUCCACAACAGAUUGUUGCCAAUGCCAGAGGUGCUGUAACUGGGGCGAAGGAUGUAGUGAUGACUACUAUGGCUGAAGUCAAGGAUUCUGUAGUCAGCACAGUCUCAGGGGUGGUGGAUAAGACCAAAGGAGCAGUUACUAGCAAUGUGGAAAGGACCAAGUCUGUGGUCAAUGGCAGCAUUAAUACGGUUUUGGGGAUGGUACAGCUCAUGAACAGUCGAGUGGAUAAUGCAAUUACCAAGUUGGAGCUGCUGGUAGACCAGUACUUCCCUCUCACUCAGAAGGAGCUGGAGAUAAAAGCAAAAAAGGUGAAAGGAGUUGGUGUGGCUUCACCUCGGAGAUACUGUGAACGUCUUGAGUCCCUGGCUGCCAAGCUCUGCUCUCGGGCCUAUCACCAGGCUCUCAGCAAGGUGAAAGAGACCACACAGAUGUACCAGGAGCCCAUUUCUCAGCUGCAGAAAAUGAAGGAAUCCUUACAUGAAGUUAUGCAUUCCUUUGUUAACAACACACCUCUUAAAUGGCUGGUAGGUCCCUUUUAUCCUCAGUCUACUGAGGUGAACAAGGCCAGCCUGAAGGUCCAGCAGUCUGAGCUCAAAGCUCAGUAAACCUGUCCUUGUCACCAGUCCAUGAUGUUGCUGGCCAGGUGACACCUUUUGCUGUAUUGAAGUUAACCUGAUAG